ACUUGUAAAAGAUAAAAGAAGGUCCUUGUAAGUUUCGAUUUAACAAAUAUGGCGAGUCAAGGAAACAUUAGUGACCAAGACAAAGCCAUGGAACAUGUUAAAGGAUUGAUAAGAUGCUUUCAGGACUUCCCGAAGCCAGGGAUUUCCUUCAAGGAUAUUUGUCCAAUUUUAAAAGAUCCAUGUACCUUGAAAACAGUGACAGAUGUCACUUCAGAUCACAUCAGGAAAAAUGUAGGACAAAUAGAUGCAAUCAUUGGUCUUGAAGCCAGAGGUUUCCUAUUUGGGCCUCAGAUUGCAAUGAACUUAGGCAUUGCAUUCAUACCUAUAAGAAAAUCUGGCAAGCUUCCUGGUCCGACUAUUAAAGUCUCUUACAGCAAGGAAUAUGGCGAGGAUGUGUUCGAAAUGCAAGAAGAUGCCUUGAAACCUGGACAAAAAGUGGUUGUCUUUGAUGAUCUUAUUGCCACUGGAGGGACCCUUGUAGCAGCCUGUGAUCUGGUCAAAAGUGCUGGCUGUGAAGUAAAGCAAUGUAUAGCUUUGCUAGAACUGGAAGAACUCAACGGCAAAGCCAAGCUUUCUGUGCCAUGUCAUGUGCUUAUUAAACUGUAGUAAGUCUUUUAAAUAAAAAUAAAGAUUUUAAUACCUCAA